AGUCAUUUUUGAUUAGCAUCUAUAAUUUACAAUCAAAUAUUAUUAAUUUGAUUAAUAUUCUUCGAAUGUAAAAUAUGAAUCUAUUGAGUUUGAAUUCAUAUUUUGGUCAUUUUAUUAAAGGAAGUAUAGAUAUCCCACCUACUGUAAAAGAAUUAGAUGAUAAAGAUCCUAAUCGACCUCGAAGUCCAGAAACAUUUUUAGGGGGGUCAGGAGUCCAAGCUGAUGUACUGGUUAAACGUUCAGAACAUUCACUUAAAGCUAACCUAGUAGAGACUGUACCUGAAAUGGACAUUAAUGUUCCUGAAAAAGAGAAUGAUGAAGAUAGACAAAUAUCAUCCGAAGAUAGUGAAGAAAAUAGUGAUGACGACAUUGUUAUGGCAGCUGGAAAUUUUACAUUGUCUUCAAUAAAUAAUUAUAUGGCAUCAUUUUCGCAGCAAAAUAAUGCAAGUUCAUCUAAUUUAAAAAGAAAUAACUUAUUAAAAUUAACAAAUAUUCCUGGAAUGUCAUCUGGAAAUAAACAUCAAGGAAAAUUUAAUGCCGAAGAUUUGAAAGUAUUGACACCGUAAAUGGUGUUCCUGCUCAUAAGUCUUCUAUUGAAACUACUGAAGGAAAACCAUGGUUGAAGUCAGGUGCAGAUACCACAGGUAAAAUACUAUUA